UGACUUAACCUGAGUUAAAAAUCAAAAAUUAAAAAAUAAAAAUAAAUUAAAAAAAAGGAAGGCAAGUUUUUUAGAAUUUCAUUACGUAGUUUUGGCUAUAUAAACAUGGCUUCGCUUGAGCUCUUUAUUUGACUCAAGAUAUUGCUUUCUCUCUUCUUCUUCUUCUUCAUUCUUUUUACUAUACAUCAAAGGGUACACACAACAAAAACAGAGCCAUAAUAAGUGAGUGACAGAGACAGAGACAGAGACAGAGAGAGCAAAAAUGGCGGUUCCUUAUUCGCUUAGACGCUUAUGUAUAUGUACAUUGAUUAUUCUGCUCCUGUUUGUCACUGUAAAUGCUUCGACAGAGCUGAACUCGAGGUUGGGCGAAAAGACACAUUUUCAGAGCUCUGACAACUCUACAAUGGCGGACGGGUCAGGUGGUGCAUGGAACGAGCAUGCUGUUGAAGAUCCGGAAGACAUAGCAUCUAUGGUUGAUGAAAGCAUACGCAACAGCACCGCAAGGAGGAAUUUAGGAUUUUUCUCAUGUGUAACUGGCAACCCAAUUGAUGAUUGUUGGAGAUGUGACCCUCACUGGCAGCUCCACAGGAAGCGGCUAGCUAAUUGUGGGAUUGGUUUUGGACGUAAUGCUGUUGGUGGUCGCGAUGGUAGAUACUAUGUUGUCACCGACUCUGGUGACGAUGACCCUGUUAACCCAAAACCUGGCACAUUACGCCAUGCUGUUAUUCAAGAUAGACCUUUGUGGAUUGUAUUCAAGAGAGACAUGGUGAUCACACUCAAGCAAGAGCUUAUUAUGAACAGUUUCAAGACUAUUGAUGCCCGUGGAACUAAUGUUCACAUUGCCAAUGGAGCUUGCAUUACCAUCCAAUUUGUCACAAAUAUCAUUAUUCACGGUCUCCAUAUCCAUGAUUGCAAGCCUACUGGUAAUGCCAUGGUUCGUAGCUCACCCACUCAUUAUGGAUGGAGGACAAUGGCUGAUGGAGAUGCGAUUUCUAUUUUUGGAUCUAGUCACAUUUGGGUCGAUCACAAUUCUCUAUCUAAUUGCGCUGAUGGACUCAUUGAUGCUAUAAUGGGGUCAACUGCCAUUACCAUUUCCAACAACUACUUCACCCACCACAAUGAGGUUAUGUUAUUGGGUCAUAGCGACUCCUAUACAAGAGAUAAGCUGAUGCAAGUAACAAUUGCCUACAACCAUUUUGGCGAGGGUCUUAUCCAGAGAAUGCCAAGGUGUAGGCAUGGGUACUUCCAUGUGGUGAACAAUGACUACACACACUGGGAAAUGUAUGCCAUUGGUGGAAGUGCCAGUCCCACCAUUAAUAGCCAAGGAAACAGAUACCUUGCCCCUAACAAUGCUUUUGCUAAAGAGGUAACUAAGAGGGUCGAAACAUCAAAUAAUGUAUGGAAGCACUGGAAUUGGAGAUCAGAAGGAGACCUAUUGCUUAAUGGAGCUUACUUCACUCCAUCAGGUGCUGGAGCUGCAGCCAGUUAUGCCAGAGCUUCAAGCUUAGGGGCCAAGUCCUCUUCCAUGGUUGGUGCCAUUACUUCAACCGCUGGUGCUCUUGUCUGCCGCAGAGGCCGCCAAUGUUAAUUCUCAGUCCCAUCACACCGAGAACAAAAAAGAAAAGAUUAAAAAAAAAAAGAGAGAAGAAAAUCAAAUUUUCUCUUCUAAUGUUGCUAUAGCAUUACUAAGCUGAGUUUUCAGGCAUUAUUUUCUGUUUCAUCCUUCCUCCUCUGUAUUUGUCCUUCCCCCAGACCCAGAAAAAAGCAAAAAAAAACAAAAAACAAAAAACAAAAAACAAAAAACAAAAAGAGAAAGAAAGAGAGACAUUGGCAAGUGUACAUUUUACAGGGUGCCAUAGUGCUGCCACACCUACUCAGAUACAAUAUUCCACUUGUCACCAUUUGAUUGAUCGACCUCGGCCUACAUUAGGUGCCGCAGAGUUGUUCACAUCUUUUCAUUUUGUUUCUACCUCAUCUCUCUAUUCUCCAUAGAGUGAAUUUGUCCAUUUUCCUCCUUUGUACUAUAAAUUUUUUCUUACGAAAUUCUCAA